AUGAUCGCAACGUUACUUGCCGUUUUUCUUUUAGUAGUACCAUUACACUCACAGUACGAUAGUGCUACAGUUGAGUACUAUGCACAAUUAAUUACCGACCUUUACGAAAACGGACAAACGUACCAACAGCCUACCAACGCCUAUGAAUAUUAUUCCCACAUAGAACGCCAAAAAUAUGGAAAUUACGACUUCGUGGUGAUCGGAGCCGGUGCUGGUGGUUCCGUAGCCGCAAGUCGUCUCUCAGAAAUUGCAACUUGGAACGUGUUGGUACUAGAAGCUGGCGGCUACGGAGACAACGCCACCGAUGUACCUAAUCUUUACACGCCAAUUGAAUUCACCCACUACAAUUGGGCUUACAACAGUACACCACAGAAAACAUGUUGUUUAGGUGCUCAAAAUCAAAUUUGUCUAUAUCCUCGAGGCAAAGGCGUUGGUGGUAGUACCUUAAUCAACGGUUUAGUUUACGCUCGAGGCUACAAGUCCGACUUCGACAAGUGGGAAAAGUUUGCCAACGAUAAACGAUGGGGAUACGACUCGGUACUUCACUACUUCAAAAAAUCCGAGAACUUUGUUCACAACGAUAAAGAGGCACCCUGUGACCCCUCUUAUCAUGGAACCGGAGGCUAUCUACGAGUAGAGUACCACCAACCGAACAGUCCACAACUGAAUGCUUUUUUGGAAGCUAACAAAGAACUGGGUUUCGAUAUUGCAGACUAUAAUGCGAAUAAAUUGGGAGCGUCACAAACACAAAUCAAUACAAUCAAUGGGAAAAGAUUAGACGACGCCAAAGCUUUCCUGCACCCGGUACGACAAAGAAAAAAUUUGAAAAUUUUAACGCACAGUUACGUUACGAAAAUACUGACAGAUAAAGGGGUCGCUACGGCGGUCGAGUUUAGUCACAAAGGCAAAAAUUACUUCGUGGAAGUAAACAAAGAGGUGAUUCUUGCAGCCGGUACUAUUGGUACUCCACAAAUACUAAUGUGGUCGGGAAUUGGCCCCAAACGUCAUUUAAACAAUUUAAAGAUUGACGUGGUUGCCGAUUUGGAAGUCGGUACUGUUCUCAGAGACAACACUCUCUUCUAUGGAAUUACAAUUCACACUAACUACACCGAACCGGUACGACCUUUAAGGGAUUAUGUUGAAGACUAUUUGAAAGGCGUGGGCCCUUUUACAAUUGCUAAUAACCUCGCAGGAGUGGGUUUCUACGAAUCUAGCUACACGAAAGGUACUGGAACUCCUGACAUAGAACUGGUGUUUAUUCCGGCAAACGCCACAAAUUCACUUUCUGCGAAAAGGGUUGGGCUGACUGAAGAAACGUACGAAGAUUUGUGGAAGAACGUUGACGUACCUCAGUCUUUAGUAGUUUAUGUUGUCAGCUUACAUGACGUGUCUACUGGGACCGUCAGAUUAAAAAGCAAAAAUCCGUACGACUAUCCGAUGAUCGAUUCAAAUUUUCUGUCAGAUCGUGGAAACAAGGACAUAAAGAUCAUUUAUGAAGGAAUUCAAUUGGUUUUAAAAUUACUCAAGACGAAAGCUUUUAGAAAGAUGAACGCUACUUUACAAGGGAGACCUUUAAGAGCUUGUAGAAACAACGAGUACCUUUCUGAAGGUUACUGGUACUGCGCUAUACGACAAGUGUCUUCUAACUUGUACCAUCCGCUAGGAACCUGUCCCAUGGGAACCGAUAUUAAAAAAGGAGCUGUCGUUGAUUCAAAAUUGAAGGUUUUUGGUUUCAGGAAUCUGAGAAUUGCGGAUGCUAGCGUUUUUCCUUCACCUUUGGCAGGUCACCCGAAUGCACCUACUGUUAUGGUCGGAGAACAGCUGGGAGAUCUAGUUAAGCUCACUUAUAACAAAAACUAA